UGGCCGAUUAGAAUUAAUUCCUGAAGAAAAAAAAUCGCGAAUGAUGUUGUCUUGCGAUUGAAAAUCUACAAAACAUCUUCUUAUCCAAACGAAUUUAUCCGAAUUGAAUUCUAAAGUUCGAAAAGUUUCUCUCCAUCUGAGUUAAUUUACCCAAAAUACUGCGUAUUAAUGCAGAAAAGUAAAUCAUGCCUUGUGGUGGAGAUGGAGACAGAGUGAACUGCCUUUGCCAAGUGCUCUAGCGAUAGCGAAUUUAUACAAAAAGAAAAAGAACUUAACGCAUUGCAAAAAAAAAUUUAAUGUUUUUUUUUCAAUCGCAGUCUCAAUCUAUAGAUUAAUAAGCUCGAAGUGAAACGAAUUAACUGAAGGCAGUGUUAGAUUUUUUUAAAAUAAACGCUUGAGAGCUGCGGACGCGGAGAAGUGUAGAUGUUUCGGCAAAUCUGACCAAACUUCCUCGAAUGCCACCGCUAAUCCUAUUCAACGAUCAUUGUUCGAGUGGACAAAAAAACCCAACAUUGCUGAAUGGGACACAGCAACGAGGUGCAACAACAGCUUCUCAAUCGGAUAUUACAAUUGUAGCGCCACAAAUUCAUCAGCAAAAAAUGAUUUCAAUUCGUGAAGAACUGCAGGAUUCGGCUAGUAUGUCAGCUCCGGGGGCUCCGAUGACUGCUGAAAAUGGUGCAGUUCCUGAUGGGACACUCUGGACUGCUCUGUACGACUACGAAGCCCAAGGUGAAGACGAAUUGUCCCUCAACCGAGGGCAAAUUGUUUGUGUUCUGUCGAUGGAUAGCAAUAUUUCCGGUGACGAAGGCUGGUGGACGGGAAAAAUUGGUGAUAAGGUUGGAAUAUUUCCUUCAAAUUUUGUCACAAACGAAGAUCCAAUGCUAAUAAAUGCGCCCUCAAGCAUUGGUGAAAUUCAACCCCUUGAAAUUGCAUACGAAGAAUUAGACGUUCAAGAAGUUAUCGGAGUUGGAGGUUUUUGUAAAGUUCAUCGUGGAUUUUAUGGCCAUGAAGAAGUUGCAGUUAAAGCUGCUCGCCAAGGACCAGACGAAGAUAUAGAAAUAACAAGAGAAAAUGUUCUACAAGAAGCAAAGCUUUUCUGGGCUUUAAAACAUGAAAACAUUGUUGCAUUGCGUGGAGUAUGUCUGAAACCACCAAAACUAUGCCUUGUUAUGGAAUACGCUAGAGGUGGUUCGUUAAAUCGUAUUUUAGCUGGCCGAAAGAUUCCUCCACAUGUUCUUGUGAAUUGGGCAAUCCAAAUUGCUUGCGGCAUGAAUUACCUUCACAACGAAGCUCCACUUUCCAUUAUUCAUCGUGAUUUAAAAAGUUCCAAUGUUUUGAUAUUCGAAGCAAUCGAAGGUGAUAACCUUGAAAACAAAACUCUGAAAAUCACUGAUUUCGGUCUAGCUCGUGAACUUUACAACACAACAAGAAUGUCGGCAGCUGGAACAUAUGCAUGGAUGCCUCCUGAAGUAAUCAUACGUGGUAUUUAUUCCAAAUCUUCUGAUGUUUGGAGCUAUGGUGUCCUGUUAUGGGAAUUAAUAACAGGUGAAACACCAUACAAAGGUUUCGAUUCCUUAUCUGUGGCUUAUGGUGUUGCUGUUAAUACAUUAGCUCUGCCGAUACCAAAAACCUGUCCGGAAGCAUGGGGAAAACUUAUGAAAAGUUGUUGGGAGAAUGACCCACAUAAAAGGCCUGGUUUUAAAGAUAUUCUUAUGAAGCUUGAAGAUAUCGCACGAUCUGGUUUCACACAAACGCCACAAGAAUCCUUCCACACCAUGCAAGAUGGUUGGAAGAAAGAAAUCGCCGAAGUUCUCUAUGAAUUGCGCAUGAAAGAAAAGGAAUUGCGCUACAAAGAAGCAGAACUUUUACGCGUUCAAAUGCAACAACUUGAACAAGCCAAAGAUUUACAACUACGCGAACAAGAGUUAAUGGCACGUGAGCUAGAGUUGAUUGGACGCGAAUUAAUAGUCCUACAAAACACUCCAGUGCCAAAGAUACGAAAAGGUCGCUUCAAAAAGCUUAAGCUUUUGAAACGCGAACCCGCUCAAAUAUCACUUCCCAUUGAUUUUCGACAUACGAUAACGACGAUACGAGAUAAGUCGCGAGCUCGAACAGACACGCCCCCUGGAUCGCCGGCGAUAUCAGGUCUUAGGAUAGUUGCACUUCCGGAUGGAUUUAAAGGCAAAACAUGGGGUCCAUCUACAGUUCAUCAACGUGAAAGGCGCCAAUUACAAUUGCCGCCAUCACUUAGCUCUACGGAGUGGGAACCAGCCUCCCACUUUAGUAAGAGUGCUCCUAAUUUGGAUAAAUCACGAAUAGCAUUCCCCCAGCAACCACCAGGCACACAAUCAGCAAUAGCUGCAACAACGUCGGCCAUGAUAGCCGGCAACACAAUUGGUUAUAUUCCACAAGGUAUUCCAAUAUCAUCAACCAAAUUUCAACACUAUACAAUUGCUAAUAACAAGAAUAAUAAUAAUCAUGCCAUCAGCAACAUCAACAUGAGUAGUUUAAGUAUUUACAGUGGCAAUAAUUUAAUUAAUAGUAAUAAUCAUAAUAAUAAUAAUAAAUUAAGUAACAAUAGUAUUAGAAAAAGUAAAAAGAAAUCAUCAACGGCUGCCAGUACGAUAACACCUCCUCGUCGUGGUAGCAGUAGUAACAAUAACAGCAUCCAAAUGGCCAAGAGCCAAGAAGUAGAAUCCCUUAGAAAUGCAAAAUCCUCAGCACAAAUUCCUUUUAGUUAUAGUUUUAAUAAUUCCCUUGGUGGUAGUUGCAGUAGUGGGGGUACUGUCUUCGGCGGAAACGCAAAUAGUAAUCGUCAUACGCAUCAGUUAUCAAUUACAUCUAAUAACGAUCAAAUAAAUAAUGGAAGCGGUGGUGGUGGUGGAGUUAGUAGCAUACCAAUGCCAAUGACGACUUACGAGAACGACGACGACGAUGAUGAUGAUGAAAGCGAAAAACCAACUGGUUGUUUCAAUCUUCGCCGAAUGGCAAACACUCAAAACUCCUCGACAUCGACAUCUACAUCGACAUCCACUAUCAAACCUAGCAACCAAAUUUACCCCGUCGGGGGGCACAAAAAACAUAGUCUAGACAGUAAGAUCCCCUCUCUGGUUCAAACGCAACGAGAGUGCUCCAGUUCAAUAGUGGUUACUACGAUUGACAAUGUCACUUAUGAUCGUGUGUUCUACAAAGCCAUGCAAAAAAGUCUCGAUGAGAUAUUUUCAACGCCUUGUGAUAUUGCAACGAUUUCAUCUGCCAAUCGUCACGUUUGGAACCAUCCCGAAAAGGCUAGUUCCAAAUCAAGUGGCGAUCUUACUAUGUAUAGUUUUGAUUCUGCUAGCCAACAGGGGCCCCCUCCGAAUGACACUGAAAUACGUUCUGGUUCACAGUUUCCACGACAUUGUUUCUUUAGGCAGGAAUCGCAUUCUCUAAACGGCAAUGGCAAAGUGGCAAUGAUAUCGAAGAGCUCCAGCAGCAGCAGUCGCAGUAGUAGUCGCAGCGAAGUAGAUCAAUUCAGUGAGAGUUUCAACUCAUCAUCCUAUCAGCCAUGCAUCCAUGCGACCAACUGCGAUUAUUCCUCUUCGGCCGAUGUGUCACGAAAAAGUUCAAUGGUUACAUUUCAAUGUGCUAAAACAACCGAUGAACUUAGCUCAUCUUCCAAUCAAGACCAAGACUGUUUCUAUCAAGAAAGUUAUAAUUCUUUUAGUUUUACAACAAAUUACAGCGACGAAGUGCCCGAUGAAAAUGGAGACGAUAUUGUUGCUCAGCCAUCCAAUACCUCGGAUUUUAUUCUACCGAAUUCGGUUAUGGCCUCGAGAAAAUUGAAAGACAUUCAACCAGAUGCUGAAGUUAUAAAAUACAAUAAUUCAUCGCAUUUGCAUUUGAGUAAACAGGGAAAAAAGAAAAAGACUGUUAUUAGCGGGGGAAAGCUGAAAAACUUGAUAAGUUUCUUUAGUUUUGGUACAUUGAAGAGAAAUUCAAAAAAGAAACUUGUCCAGACUUCAGGAAGUUCGGCUUAUACUUUGUUAAAAAAUAAUUCCGAGCUAAACGGCGUUGAGAGUGAAGAGAAUGCGAUGGCAAAUAGUGCCCCACAAAUUGAAGAGAAUGAUGUAAAAAUUAAGAAUGCAAUGGAAGGUCUUAAAAAGGAAGUUGUUAUUAAUAAUGAAAAUAUCAAAGUUGCAAAAGAUUAAGUUUUUGAAGUCAAGCUCAUUUUGAAGAAUUGAACUGUUGCUUUUCCUUCUUCUUUUAAAAAUAUUAAAAUUAAAAGCCCAUCAAAUUGAGCCUAUUUUCCUAAAAGUGUUGAUAAAAAAGGAAGUGAAAUAAUUAUUUGGGAUCGUCAUUCAAAAUAUGGACAGGUUUCUAACGAAUUUGAAUAAGAUAAAUAAAUAUACACUAAGUCCAAAAAGUCUCCGUACAUCAGCCUAAAUUAAGUGUUUUUUUUUGAAAAAUAGUACUAUCAAUAAAUGUUAAAACCAAAGUGAUUUAUUGAAAAAAAUUUAGUUUCCACCUUAACUUUAUUAUCAAAUUUUGUGAUUGUGAUUUUCAAAAUUCUUGUUUUUGGUAUAUUGUUAUAGAAAUCAAUAAAAAGAAAGCUGUUAUACAGGGACUUUUUAGACUUUUUGUAUUUCAUUUCGAUUUCAAAACGAUUGUGGCUGAAGUGGGGUAAAAGAUGAUUUUUUCAAGCCUUAAAAUUUAUUGAUCGUUAAAAAGAAUUGUUGGACUGUUGUGUUAAAUAAAUUCAUGAAUUUAGAAAACUCAUUCAUUAAAAAUGUUCAGAAAGUUGGCUUUAUAAAUGUGAGCGUUUGGGACACAUAAAUUGUAGAAAAUUGAUAAAGUUCAGUUUAAGACCUAACAGUUUACAAAUAAGUACAAAACAUUUAUAGGCAAUAUUAUCAAAAUUUUUGGAAUGCUUCUCCAAUUUACGAGUACGUAUUGCUUCUUUGCACUUCAACUUCAAACCCUUAUUUGAAACCCAUCGCAAAGACGAUUUAGAUUAUUUACAAAGGUCGUAACACCGGGUUGUAUUAUAAAGUUAAUUAGUCGCCAUGAACGAAUUUUCGAUCAAAACAAACAAACAUUUUAUAAGAACGGGUGAACACAACUUCUUCACUCAAACCUGAUCGCCGAAGGUCAGUCAGACUCUUGAAGACGUUGAAAAAGUGAGCUGUGUUGUCAAGUCCUGGCACAUCACAGUCUGUAACGUCUAGUAUCUUUUUUUAUAUGAAUCCACUCAUUCCCACUUGGUUUAAACGAAACAGUGCAACUAUGAAUAUUCCGACAUUGUUUUGGCAAAACUGCGACAGAAGUUUCCAGGGUAAUUUUGCCUGCAAGAUUUUUUUUUAUGGGAAAUCUUAAAUUUUUAAAUUCUUAAGCAAAUUAUACGUUGAGAAAGGAGCCUUUAAAACAUUGAUUACCAACGCAAUUUUACGAAAAAUAUUAGAGAAAUGUUUAGAAAUUUUGUCUGAACGAUGUGUAAAGUGUAAAAUCCGUUGCAGUGAUAUACAUUUUUAUGACUUGAUUAUCAGCUAGGCUCCCAAAAUGGAGUGAAAUGAAAUCGAAAUCUGGGGCCUUACUAUGUACAGUGUUGUUCAAAACAUUUGCAAAUUUUUGUAUUGUAAUUGAACUAAGUUAUCAACUCAGACUUAUGCAAAACAAUGAUUUGUUUGUAUGAUUUGGACACUUUAUUUAUUAGGAAAAUUCAAAUAAAUAUAUUUUUAAAAUGCUUCGAUAGUUAAUUUGUUAGUAUGUUUAUUAUAUUUAUUUCCACCCAUAUUUAAAAAUAGUUUUAUUUUCACAAAAAAAACAUUUAAACACUUUUAAAUUAUGCAGCUUACAAAUCAAUGUCAAAAGAAUGUAAUUGACUAAAGUACAAAUCAGGAAUGAGGUACUUGCAUAUGUGUCUUCUAAGUUCUUUCAUGAUGCUUUGGUCUUCUAACGGGACAUAUUGUCGAUUUCUUUGCCUUAAAUUAAAGAGACGCAAUGAGUAACUUCAUUUUCUAAGACCAAUGUGAAAAAUGACUGUUAUAUACAGUGGAUCAGAAAUAUCAGUAACAAACAAAAAAAUUGCAAAUGUUUUGUACAAUCGAUUCUACAAUGUAAUUGCUCGAAUUUGAAAAAUUGGUUCAAUGUAUCUAUUUGAUUACUUUCGAACCAACGAGAAUCGAAUAGUUCUAGUAGUGCCAACUAUAUUCUUAUGAACUUUCGAAUAAACGAGGAACUACGUAACUCGAAAGUAAAAUUCAAAACAAGGCAAAAUCGAAAGUAAUCACUCUACAUCAAAAGUUUUUGCGAGUGAAGUUUUUUUUGUCGAAGUGUAAGUAAAAUUUUGAAAAUGAGUUCCUCCCUAAUUACACAGGAAAUUCGUGAUUUUUGCCAAAAAUAUUUCAAAAUUCACCAUCAGCGGGCACAUGACUCUUUCGAUUGAAGUCAAAAAGGAUUGCCCGUCAUGGUUUUUAUACCUAGUGGAGCAUUUGUGACUGGCAGUGGAAAUAGUGAAAAGUAAAACCUUUCAAGGUAGUCAUGCGUUCUUAUCUUAUCAAUUCCUAUUUCAGCCAUAACCCUAUGUAUUUGGUGCAAGAAAAUGUAAUUGUUGUCACUAUGAACUAUCGCCUUGGGCUACUGGGAUUUCUUUCGCUUCCCGAAGGGAACAUACCUGGCAAUGCAGGUCUUAAGGACCAAAUUUAUGAAUUUACAUUAACCAUACUUACGACAUGUGUAUAAUGUUCGAUCUUAGAUCUUGUGCUGGAAUGGGUACAAGAAAAUAUUUCCCAAUUUGGUGGAGAUCCCAACAAUGUAACAUUAUUUGGCCUUAGUAUCCAUCUGCAUGUCUUAUCGGAAAGAUCUAGAAAAUUAUUUCACAAAGCGAUCAUGCAAAGUGGUUUUAAAAAUAUGUCAUUGUUAAUUAAAAACAGAGCUAGUUUCAAAACAAUGGAAUUCGCUAAAACACUUGGUUCCAGUUCCAAUGAUCCCAGCGAUGUGGUUGAGUUCUUACAGCAAUAUAAAGAUCCAGAGGGAAUCUCAGUACGUUUGCUCGUACCGUUCUUCAUUUACUUGCAAAUUGAACCAAAUUCCAAUGGUGUACAUUUUUGUAAUAAUUAUUCUUGUCCAAACAUUUGAUGGUUUUUUUUUAAACUGUCAAACAACUCGAUACUCGUUCGAAAGUACACAUUUUUUUGAAAACAAGUUAGUAUUUAUAACUGGCAUCCGAUUCUACUUUCAUACGUAGUACAAUUUAAAAGCAGAAUCGGAAAUGAGUUUCGAAUAGAAUCAAAAGUAGAAUCGAGUUACAUAGUAGGGCCCCUGAUUUGAAAAUCGAGUGAAAUUGUUUUCAAGGUGCUAUUUCAUAACUGCGAAUACUUUUCCAAAUCACUUCAAGUGAAAUUUAAGCAGCUGACAUAAACCACAUCAGUCAACAAAUUAAUCAGUUCAUUGAUUUUAAUAAAAUAAACAUAAAAUAUUCGUGGUUCUUAUUUGCAUUGUGUCGAUGCCCAUAGCAGCUAGCUGUAGAUUUGCGGUUCUGUGCGUUAAUCAGUUUCCGAUAAUAUCGUUUUGAAUGCAUUGUUCGUUCCCUCAACUAUAAAUUCAGUUCUUGGUCGAAUGCAAAUCACUUGAAAAUCGCAAAUAUCGAAAUGUAAAACAUCGAAAUUCACUUCGUUUUGAGUUGGAAACAAAUUAAAUAAAUUUCAGAACUCUAAUGUAUUUUUUUGAACCAAUUUCAAUUCAAGUUAAAGUAAAAUGUAGAACCUAGCUGUAUUCUAUAUCGUCGUCAUUCUAUUAAAAAUCCCUUGGUCCAUUUUUAGUGUUUUGAGAUAUUUGCAUUAAAAGUUUGAAAUCAACAUGCAAAUUAAUAGAUUUUGGGAGUUUUAAUUCCUUAUAACUUAAAAAUGGUGCAUCGAUAAGCUUCGGGAGUUUUGAAAAAAUAUAAAUUUUGUCAUUUCCAUGAACUUAGUGUAUUUAUUUCAUUUUUGCGGGAAAUGGUCUUACGGAGUUUUCAUAGAACGACGACGAUAUUAAUGGCAUAGUUUGUACUUCAUUUUUUUUUUUUAUUUUAAAGUUUUUAAAGUAGUUUAAAAUUAGGGAUUUUAAUAUGGCCCACCCUGUACAAGAUAUGUCAUUUCCAGUUUCUUUGGAUAAUUGGAGUACAUCUUCAGAGCCAAUUUUUCAGCGCCGAUUAAGUCUAAACUCGUCUGGGAUUUCGAUUGUAAACUGUUUAAAAAAAGUGUCCUUAAAACUACGAUUAUCAUGUUUUUAAAAGUUCUUAAGGAAACAAAUUAUGUCUCAAGCUUAUUGCUUAAGCAGAAACGCUGCUCCUUAUGAUGAUAAAAAUUAAUAUAAGUAUAGACAGAAGCGCUGUUGCUUAUUUGCAUUAUGUAUACCUUCCUUCAAGUGUCCUUUUUUUUAUCACGUAUUCUUGUUUUAUUUAACAGAAAAUCAAAAAUAGAUUUUGCCUCCUUUUAUUAACUGGGCCUUGGUGUUAUAAGGUUUUAGUACGAGUAUUUUACGAUUCCUGAAAAAUAUAUAUAUUACAUAUUUUUUUUAGACUUAAGUUGCAUUUUUGUUUUUUAGUUAAAAACAAAGUAAACAUAGACUAAUAGAGGUUAAGCAAAUCGACGAUAGCAAUAAUAAUAAUUAUUUAUAUUUGAUUGUAAAUUAAAUGAAAAAAAAAUUAAAUUUAGUGUUAACAACAAUUUAUUAUUUAUGUAUUCUUUUUGAUUGAAGUUUUUUUACCCAGGUAUACAAAAGAAAAACAUUUAAAAACAAAAAUAAAUCUUUUAGCAUUAAACUUAGCUGUGAUUAAAUAAUGAAAAAUAUCAAAAAAUAAAUUCACCUAGAAUUAAAAUAGUCGCUAUAAUUAUUCAAAUUGUAUUUACAAUUUCAAUUGCAUUUCUUUUUAUUUUUGUGUUUUGCAUUUUCAACUAAAAUAAAAAUAGUAGAAUUUGUGUUAUACAACUACAUACAUAUUUUGCAUAAUUAUUCACAUUAUAUUUUAUUUGUAGAUUUAUAUUCGAACGUUUUAAUUUUAUUAAUUUUGUUUAAAAAUUUUGUACCUAUUAACAUUUUGAUUUUGAUUUUUCAAUUUUCGAUUUUCUAUUUUAGACGUACACAAACAAAAUAUUCCAAUUUUAUUAUAUAUCAAUUUUAAAAUAGAUUUAAAAAUAUACCGAUAUAAAAACAUAUUUCGUGUUCUUUUUUUUUCUUUUCUUUAAGUAUAUGUUUUUUUAUUAUUUGGGGAUAGUUGUUAAAAAAAUGUCAUUAAAUGGUUUGAAAAAUGAGUAAAGUAGAUUUGACAUCCCGAUUCUUUUACAAAAGGUAAGAGAAUGUAAAAAUGAUUUAUCACUGGGACAAAGAAACUUACAAGAAUGUCUCCUAUAAUUGAAGUUGAAAAAUAAUAUUUUCAAUGUUAAGGGUUGUCCGCUGCUCUCAAAUUUUAUACAUUUUUAAUUUUGUUGGUUGGGAUAAGUUUUCAUUACUUACUUACUUUACUUUAGGUGGCGCUACAGUCCUGUGUGUACCAGGGCCUCACCCAACAAACUUCUCCAUCUAGCUCGGUCUUUAGCUAGACUUUCCACUUGUGCGUGCCACCUGAUUCGCGGUUUUCCUCAACUGCGCUGUCCUGUGGCUGUGGAAUCGAAGUCUUUUCGGGCACGUACACGUACAGCUCGUCGUUCCAUCUUCUCCUGCACUCACCUUCGAUGCAUACGGGACAGUAGUAGCAAGGUGCUUUCAUCCGCUUUUGUAGUAGUCCAUGCUUCUGCACCGUAUAGCAGGACGAGGAUGAUGAGGAGCUUAUAUAGCGACACUUUGGUUCUUCGAGAGAGGACUUUGCCACUCAAUUGCUUUCUUAGCCUAAAGAAACAGCGGUUAGCAAGAGGAAUUCUUGGGUUGAUCUCAGCGCGUCUUGAUUCCUAUGUUCAUAGCGGAGCCUAGGUAGACAAAGUCCUUGACUACCUCAAAGUUACGUCUGUCGAUGGUGACGUUUUGACCGAGACGCCGGUGUUUAGGUCCUUUCUUGACGACAGCAUGUACUUUAUUUUGCCCUUAUUAACCGUUAAACCCAUUUUUGCCGCCUCUAUCAGCAUAUGCUAGUAAUUGGACAGACUUUUGAAAGAUAGUGCCUCUAGUG